AUGAAGAGCUCCUGGAACUCUCUCUCCGGCUACUACGAUGAUGAGACACGCAACGCCCAUUCCCCCGUCUGGUCUUCCAGCUCCAGUGAGCCGGAGAUCUGGAUGUCCCAAGCUCCUUGCAUGAAAUGUUUACCGCGACGGUACGACGGCUAUGCCGGACCUCUUCCGGAGGCGGAAUGGUGCCUGGGUUGCCGAGAGGAAUGCGAUCGCAUACUCUGGAAAUGGUUUAGAGCAAGAGAAUGGGGGGAUCCCGUUCGUCUCAACCAGGCAUUUCUCCUGGGUCUGCCUAGCGGAACAACAUACAACACGAGUCGGCUUGAUGAAAAGGCUGAGCCUGAAAUCCGCCAGUUGGUGCGAUUACACGAUUAUGGCCUAGUCGCGGUAAGAUCACCGUCGGAGGGCUCUGGCGUGCGCGUUCGGAAAGAAGUUGGUGUGAGCCUCGACUAUGCUCAAAGAGCCUUUCUGGAGUUCCUCGUUACGCCCUCUCAUGGUUUGAUACCGAUUGAAAAGGUCAAGGGACUGCUCAACGCAAUUCUUUCCCAUAGGGAUAUUAAAGCUAUUACAUACUCAGUGCUUCACAGAUACCCUAGACCUGAUGAUCUCGCAGGGAACGACCCUCGGAAUGCAGUCCCAAUACUAGAGCUCCAUGGCUUUGGGCAAGAUGUCCUGUACUGGUCCCGUUCGACGUGGAAGGAAAAGGGGGAAAAGAAGCCGACGUUGAGAGGUUGCGCUGAGGCCGAAGCGGAGGUUGCCGAGUGGAGAGCCCAUACCGGGCAGGAUGUCGGCAGUCUUGAGCACCUCCCCCGCGUGUUCCCUUUAAACGCUGUUGAUGGUGCGGGAAAGCGCCAGUGGAUUCCUGCGGUCGCCAAAACGUGGCCAAUCAACGUCUCUAUGUGGGCGACGGAGUGGAAUGGUGGGUUGGAUCUCCAGAAGAUUGUUGAACAGCUGUGUCAGCACGUCGGUCUGCAAGCCCGGUUUUUGCAGAAUGCGGUGCCUGGAGAGACCCUGGAGAAUGAAGAGGAAUAA